AUGUCGUCCGCCGAGACUCUCUUCCCCUACCUCCGGAAGGAUCCAUCAGACCUUCCGGAGGGCGCGGAUCCUUUUACCAUCACUACUCGCAACGGAUACCUGCCCUUCAACCUACCUUUGAGAACAUUGCCAAGUGCAUUCGACGCCCUCACGGAAAUUCUCCACCAGAUGCCCAUUGUCAAGGAGGAUGGAAACGCGGGGCUGCUCGCUACCUUUGAGCUCGGCCCCCUGAUAGACAAUGGCGCUCUGCCUGAUCUCACUGAUGAGAUCGAUCGUCUGCUUAUCCCAGGCACAGAUAAGCGCGACAUGGCGGCCGUCACUGCAGCCUUUCGCGACUAUAGCUUUGUCGCCUCAUCCUAUCUUCUCGAGCCCUGCUGGGAGACAUACAGCGCCAACAAAGACAACGGGUACGGCCUAGGACGGCAGGUUCUACCGAUGUGCAUCGCGGGGCCGUUGACCAAAUGUGCUGAAAUUCUCGAUAUCCCUCCCUUCAUGUCUUACGCCGCCUCUUAUGCCCUCUACAAUUAUUACCUCGUCCAUCCUGAGCAAGGCCACAAGGACUACGAAAACCUGCGUCUUGUCCGUGCUUUCGAAAAAGGACUCGACCCCAAGUCUUCCGAGGCAGGGUUCAUCUUGACCCAUAUUCACAUGGUGGCGGAAACAGGCGGCCUCAUUGAAGGCGCAGUCAAUCUCCUAUCGGCGAUUGAUUCCAAGCCUUAUUCCACUGAUCGAGAAGUAGAUGAUAUUUCCGCCGCCAAGAAAGGUCUCCAGCUCAUUCUGGACGCCAUGCAAAUCAUCGAGACAAACAUGGAGAGCAUGUGGAAGAACUCUCUUCCCAAGGAUUACAUGGCAUACCGGACUUUCAUCUACGGAAUCACAAAACAAUCCAUGUUCCCUGAUGGGGUUGUUUAUGAGGGUCAGUUUGAUAAUAAGCCACAGUUCUUCCGUGGCGAAUCCGGGGCAAACGACGCGAUCAUUCCUCUUUUGGACCAUCUUUGCGAGAUCCCCAUGCCACCUAACCCUCUGACUGAUAUCCUCGUCGAGUUCCGUGAAUAUCGACCGAAGCCUCAUCGAGAAUUCCUCAAAUAUGUCCGUGAAACAUCAUCGCGGCUGGGUGUGCGUCGGUUUAUGACGGGCUCUGGUGACAUGGAGCUUGUCAUCCAGUACCUCCGGGUCCUUGACCAUAUCCGCAGUUUCCGGUGGAGACACUGGAUGUUUACUCGCGAGUACAUCAUUAAAUACACGCUUCAUCCUACAGCCACAGGCGGCAGCCCCAUCAUCACGUGGCUGCCUAACCAACUGGACGCUGUUAUGGAGCUGAUGGAGAAAGUGACGCAAGACUCUGGGCUUUCGGUUAUUCUAGACGCUGAAGCUUGGAGUGAGAAGUUGCCUCUCUCGGAAGCAGAUUUCAUCAUGGCCCGGAACAUCAUGACCAACGUUGUGACUAAGAAGGCCCAACUACGAAAAGAGGUGGCAAAGUAUUGCCAGGAUCGGAAUCUUGCAUGA